GAUCGCCUCGCACGCUGUCUGCGUAAUAUGCGCGCGCGCGUGUGCGUGUACUUGUGUGCGUUGCACGCGUGUCGAAGAGAGCACAUCGAGAUACAGUAGAGUAGUAAGGCGGAGUGAGGUGGCAGGCAGUCUUGGGAGGAAGGAGAAGGCGAUGGCGUGCGCGCGACUUUCCAGGAUGUUUUAAAGUCUUGCUUUCUCGAGAUACUCGAGACGCUAAAAAAGACAACCAGUGCGCGCGAGCCUACAGUGGAAUAGUAACAAAGAACGGGAGCGCGCAUUGAUGGGACGCGACUUUGACAGCUCUCGGUAUCGUCGCUCGUAAAGUCGAAAAGUAAAGGCGGACAUAAUGGCCGAGGCCGCGCUCCCCGACGCCGUGGCCAUCGACCCGGACUUCGAGCCCCAGCAGCGGCCGCGCUCAUGCACCUGGCCUCUGCCCCGGCCGGACUCGAGCGCCACCAAGCCGGACGCGCACGAUAUCAUCCCGGAGGAGGAGGACGACGACGAGGAGGGCGCGCACCACCAGCAUGCGACCAUCGUCGGCAGCGGCUCCGGCGCGGUGACGGACGACCAGAGCAGCGGCAGCCCACUAGCUGACGGCGCGCUCUCUUCGCCCGGCCAGGACAGCGGCGGCUCGCCGCUCUCGGCGCACUCUCCGCCCGCCGCCUCCGGAGCGCUCACCCCGGGCGGUCUGGCCGUCCAACAAACCCCCAGGAAGGCUUCAUCUCGCCGCAACGCCUGGGGGAACCUGUCGUACGCCGACCUCAUCACCAAAGCUAUCGAGAGUGCGCCGGACAAGAGGCUGACAUUGUCCCAGAUCUACGAUUGGAUGGUCAGAUCCAUCCCUUACUUUAAGGACAAAGGAGACAGCAACAGCUCGGCUGGCUGGAAGAACUCCAUCCGGCACAACCUUUCACUGCACAGUCGCUUCAUCCGUGUCCAGAACGAAGGCACGGGCAAGAGUUCCUGGUGGAUGAUCAAUCCAGACGGAGGAAAGGGCGGCAAAGCUCCUCGCCGCCGCGCCGUCUCCAUGGAUAACAGCAACAAGUACACUAAGUCCGCCCGUGGCCGCGCCGCCAAGAAAAAGGCUGCUCUGCAAGCUGUGGCGGCGGCGGCAGGCGACGGCAACGGCGAAAGUCCCUCGGGACUAUCUAAAUGGCCCGGGAGUCCGACGUCACGCAGCAGCGAGGACCUGGACGCCUGGACAGACUUCCGCUCCCGCACUAAUUCCAAUGCCAGCACGCUGAGCGGCCGUCUUUCGCCCAUCCUGGCCAACCCGGAGCCGGACGAAGGCCCCGACGACGAGCCCCCUCUCUCGCCGAUGCUCUACUCCAGUCCCGGCAGGGCUUUGUCUCCCGGCAACGGGGCCAACGGGAAGGCCGCGCCAGCCGAGCUACCUCGUCUGGCGGACCUGGCCGGUACGAUGAACCUGAACGACGGACUGACAGAUGAGCUGAUGGAUGACCUGGAUAACAUCAACUUGGUGCCAAACGCUUCAGGGCAAGUCCCUUCAAACGGGACCUCAGGGUUCGCUUUUGUCCCCAAAUCCAACGGGCUGGUCUCACCUUCCCCCAACGCCUCGGCUUCAUCUAACUCUUCUAACGGAGGGAACUUCAGCAACUCCAUCUUCGGCUCCCACCCACCGGGCUCGUCCCUGCGUCCGUCCCCCAUGCAAACCAUCCAGGAGAACAAGCAGACGUCCUUCUCCGCCACUUCGCGCUUCGGUAGCGUGACGCUACAGGACCUGCUCAACUCCGACAGCCACAGCGACGUCAUGAUGACCCAGUCGGACCCGCUCAUGUCGCAAGCCAGCGCCGCCGCCAUCGUGUCCCAAAACUCCCGCCGCGGCCUCAUGCUCCGCAACGAUCCGAUCAUGACCUUCGGAACCACAGGGGGAGUCCAGGGCGGCCAGGGGGAGAUGCUCCAAAGCAACAACCACAAUCAGAGCUCAGCGAGGUCCAUCAGAGGGCUGAAAUUUGCCAACGAGGUGAACGCGAUGACCAACGCCAAGCAGCAGCUCCUGCUUUCACCUUUGGGGGGAAACGGGUCCUCCUCCAUGCAGAUCGACACCUCCAUCUUCCUGAACGGGGCGGUGAGCAACAGUGGGGGCGUCUGCCAGGACCGCUUCCCCACAGAUCUGGACUUGGACAUGUUUAACGGCAGCCUGGAGUGCGACGUGGACUCGAUCAUCAGGAACGAGCUGAUGGACGCCGACGGACUGGACUUCAACUUUGACUCUCUGAUCAACAUGAACGGAGUCAGCAAUUUUGCCAGCACCAAGCAGGCUUCUCAGAGUUGGGUACCCGGUUGAAGACGAUGCAUGAGGUGAGCAAAUCCGACACACGCCCCCUCCUGUUGCCAACACCAGCCAUCAGCACAACAUUCAAUUGCGUUUACACGACAAAUACUUGUCACGGGGGGGAAAAGAUCCGCCGGACUUUCAAGCGAUCCGCCCGCCUUGGAAGAGCCUCUUGUCAAACUAUGACAAGUCACAAAAACUCUGGAGUUAUGCAAGUUUCCUUGUACGCGAGACCCUGCUCAGCAGGUGGGACUACAGAGACAAAUAACAAAUGGAUGCAUGGCGUGCUUGUUCCUCUUCAGAGAAAAAGAAACUCUCGCAGAGGGAGCCGUGUUAAUCUGAUCCAGAGCGGGGGUUUUUUUUUUUUUUUUCUUCCCGGGGAUGUUGUAUUUACCUCUGUUCCCCGGCUCCCGUCAUUUUUUUUUUUCUAAAUGUACAGUAUUUGUUAUUGCCAUUUUCCGUUACGUGAAACAGAGCGCCUUGCGUGUCUACUUCACCACUAUCGCCACCACGCACUUCCUACAAAUGGCUUGAACGGACAAGUUUCCAUAAAUACACGUUGAAUCUUGUUUUUUUAAAGCACAGACAAAAAAAAAAGCAUAUAGGAAGAAAAUUUCACUUGUGGGUAUUUGUACAGUUUGAGCUUAUCACAGCAUAUAAUGUAGCGGGAAAUAAUAAUAAAAAAAAAAGUGACAAUUUCCACAGCAUUACAGGUGCUACGUAAAACAGUGUUGAAUCUUGUCCUCGGAGCACCUCACGCGUUUGAUUUUGUUUGCUUUUGAAUUUUGUGCAGUUUUGACCCUCGACCUGCAAAAAUAAAAAACGACUCGAGGGCGUGAACGUUUCUUCAGAAGCCGUUCCUAUCCUCCAGUGAAACAAUAAGCUGUCUCUUCUGUACGUUGCCAAAUUACUUGAAUCAAAGCAGUAGGAUAUGCUGGCAGCCAAAAUCACAGCAUUCAUAUGCACAUUAUGUCUAACACACACACACACACACACACACACACAACACAAGGAUGCAGCUUGUGGGGGAUUUUUUUUAAUACAUCUAAACACUCAGGAGGCGGGAAACGGGGAGGGUGGGGGCAAGGUAUUUUCAUUCAAAGAAACAUUUCCUGGAUUAAAAGUAACAGUGAUGCUUUGUGAACCUUUGAACUUUUGGGGGAUGUUGGCCACACUGAUAUAAAAUAUGAACGUGACGCCAUGACAGACAAUAAAGUUUGAAUCUUGCGAGAAAAAGUGGCUACUGCACAAAUGUUUGUGUUGGCUCCCGAGAAGCACAGUGGCUCUUGCUUUCACGUUUGCUUAGGAAUUUUGAGAUUCGCGCCUCAAAAAUUGGAUGAUUUAGCUCAUGCUAGUUUUUUUUUUUUCAAAAACUAUGGUUUCAAAAAUUAUGACUUUCUCCUUAAAAGAUGCCAUUUAAAGUUUUAAGAUUAGAUUUUUUUUUUAUUCUUGAGAAAAAAUACAAAAAAAAAAUCCACCAUGAGGUUACAACUUCAUUUUUUAUUUCCCCAAGAAUGUGCUAUUUUGUUAAUGUGAGAUGACAAAUUCUCUCCAAAACGUGACUUUUUCCUCAUAUUGCUACUUUUUCUCGACAUAAUCCGACUUUAUUAUUCUAAAAUGUUCAUCAUGGCCCUAAAAGUCAUAUUGUCCAUUUAUUUGCCAUCUCUCUGUUUUUCGGGGGGUUGCAUAUCCGCUGCUACUGCAAGCAUCUCCCCAUGUCGGCGAGUUUUUUUUUUUUGCGUCACCUCCGCCCUUCUCCUCCCCUUGUACACAUUUGAUGUAUUUUGACGUUGUGAGCGCCGUGCAUGUGAAACGCAUUUACUCACCGAACCUCCUCGUCGUGUUGUCCUUCGUAGUACUUGACCCUUCGUUACCUCGCCAAGGUAGAGUUGAAGAAACGUUUUGACGUGCCAGGUAGAAGGGAACGCCAUCAAAUUGCGCAACUGUUGUUGUAGCAUCUGAUCUGGUGGCCCUGGGGAGACAUGAAGGCUUUGACUCGGCUGUGUAUAAUAAUGUACAGAUGUGUAUAUAUACAUUUCUAUAUUAAAAUAUAUAUCACCAAGACAGAGGAGUGUGAGUGCGCAGUUUUUAAGGAUUAACCACUCAACUCGUUGCAACGGUGCCGUCCCUCGACAGCAAUUCGAAUACAAAGAUGACAACAGUGUUUAUAUUUUGCUCAAUCAGCAGCACUUGAACCAUCCUCUGACUUGAUUCCGCUCGUUAUUGUGUAUCGUAAGACAAAAGAAAAAUCCUAUUUGUGUUCAGUGUCCAUUUUUUGGGGGGGGUGGGGCAAAUUAAAGCAUUUGGAUUUGAAGAAAACUGACUGUACAAAAAGUAAGGAACAUGUUUGUCUAAGUUGCCGGAGCGUUGACGUUUUGACUGCUUCGUUCGUUUUCCUUCCACACACAGCCGCAGUGCACAUUUAAUGAAAGAAGAAAUACAAGACCACUAAAAAUAGUCAACAACUUGUUUGUACUUUUGUAAAAAUGCUCCCUUCCAUACGCUCUUUGUCCAACUUUGUCCCGUAUUAUUAAUCUUCUGGAUGUUGAUGUUAGUGGGUAUUUCUUCCUGUGUUCAUUUUUUUCCUGCAACUGUAAUCUAGUUUGUAUCCAAAAUGGUGCACAUGUAAAUAAAGCUUGGUGAGGCUACA